AUGUUUUCGAACCCAACACGCUCCUUGCUCGGAGCCGGCAGGCGCCUGAGGGUGCCCCUGUCCGCCCGCUGGCAAUCCACUACUCCUACUCCCAGCCAGCCCAGCGCGCCAUCGCCAGCUCAAGAAACAAAGACAGCCCCCGCGGCCGAGUCAGUGCCAACCCCCGAGGCAAACUUGGCGAAGUCUACACCUCCCACCACCACCGAACCCGAACUGCCAUCCGAACAACGUGUGAAGGAAUGGUCCGAGCGCAUGGGAGCUCUCGGCGACAACGCCCGUCUGCCUCGCAGCGUCCAAGCAGUAUACAUGCGCCCACUCCGCCGGAAAGCGGAACACGGCCUGCCUGUCUGCGAUCUCCAACUCCGAUCCUACAGCGUCGAGAACGUCGAAUUCUUCGCCGACUUCGCCAUCCGCGCCGCUUACUACCUCAACCUCCCCGUUUCCGGUCCCGUGCCCCUCCCCCGUAUCGUCGAACGCUGGACCGUCCCGCGAAGCAACUUCGUGCACAAGAAGAGCCAGGAGAACUUUGAGCGAAUCACCCUCCGCCGUUUGAUUCAGAUUAAGGAUGGAAACCCGCAGUCCGUGCAGGCGUGGCUGGCGUUCCUCCGCAAGCACGCUUUCUACGGAGUCGGCAUGAAGGCCAACGUCUGGGAACACGAGCCUCUCGGUAUGUUUCCACCAGACCCAGACCCAGACCCAAAUAUCAAAUACCUUCAUGAACAAAUUGCUAAUAAUAUCUCAAUCACAGACGUCGGCAAGGCCAUGGAUCAAUCCGCCGCCGAAGUCCAGAAGACCCUCGAACCGCACCUCACCCAGUUCGGCCAGCGCGAGGACAACUCCGCUGGAAACAACAUAUUCGAUGUUCUUGACAGCGAUCGAUUUGCUGAGCGCAAGAGCGCACGGGCGUAA